UACCACACCGGCUUGUUUGUGCCUUUGUCGAACCUGCCAGAAUGUUGUCCCGGAGCUAGCUUGCUAAGUAGCUGCGGCUGUAAUGUAGCUCGGAGGCUAGCAUGCUAAAUGACAGACUGAUUGGCCGGUUAGUGGGCGCCUGUUUUGUCGGUCGGGUUAGGCUAGGGUAGGCUAAGCUAGGCUAGGCUAGGCGGGGUGGGGCGACGUUUGUUUACUUUCGGCUUAAAAUGGAUAUCAGUUUUUCUACGUCGAUACCACGGGGGACGUUGGAACGAUCACGAUACCUAUUAUUAUACAGAAUAUAAACAAGGUGGACAGAAUACGUCAUACAACCGUUAACUCAUUCAUUAACAAGCCUUCAAAGCCAUACAUGUCAAUAAACAUGACUAUUCUCGCGUGAUUUAACGCAUAAACAGCACAUUUAAGUGUUAUUGGAACACGCCAAAGGCGUAUGUUCUGGGGUGCAGCCUUUCGGUAACCGCUGUGCAAGCAAUACACGCCAAAGGACUCCUCGCACCGGUGUGCGCCGUGCACUAAAAUAAACUCCCUCCGGCGCAAACACGUUCGCUUUGCACUGUUAAAUUGUGUUUGUAAAGGGCACACAGGCCAGCAGAAAAGCACGGCGAUACCCCACAGAAUUUAACUACCACAACGCAUGUGAUUUUUCUAAAUGUCCUUGGAUACAGCUGACUAAAGGACAACCAAAAGCCACCCCGUAAGAUUUUCCUUUGGAGGACUCGUACACCCAGAGGAGGUGGUGUUGGAUGUGUUUUUUUGGAUUAUUAUUCCUUGUUCGGUGUCUGCAUGACCACAUCUGCAGCAAGAGGUGCUCUGUGAGUCAGAAGAGGGAGAGGCUGGGCUGAUGACAAGCAUGACAUUGAGCCGGGACACUGAUGCAUGCCCACUCAAAAAGUUCAACUGAGCGCCAUCCAACCAGCCUCUCAGAAAAAGGGAGGGGAGGGGGGGUGUCGACGCCGUGUAGCUAGUACCGUGCACCCCCCAAGUAGCGCUGGAGGCCUCUGAUGGAUCAGGGUAGUAGUGAGCAGUGUCCAGAGGAAGCGGACUCGGGAGGCCGGGCGGAGCACGAGGGUGGCAGGAGGGCGUCUGAGUCGGAGCACGGUUUGUCCAAAAUCACCCACAACGCCCUGGAGAACAUGGGGGCGUUGGGCCACGGCCUGAAGCAGCUCUUCCAGCCACAGCGCAGACGCUCCUCAGUGUCCCCACAAGACACGGCCGUGUCGUGCGCCGGAGCACCUCCUUCCUCCGAGCCCGCCGCCGCCGACGCAGUCUCAGAAAGCGGGGACACUCGGGCCCCUUCAGCUCUCUCUGUGGACUCUGACGGCCCUGCCGCUUCCGCCCCCCCUCCCGCAGCUCUGAGCCGCGUCCUGCAGCAGAUCCGCGGUGCUCCGCCAAUGAUGAAGCGAGGCACCAGCCUGCAGAGCCGCCGCAGCAAGGCGGCCGUCACCGGGGAUGCCCCCCAGAAAGGCAGCCCCCAGAUUCACCGGCGUAGCACCCAUGAGGCCCUGCUGCAGGCUGGGCGCCCUCGCUCCUCCUCCACCACGGACACCCCCAGCAACCCCGCCCUGGCGGACAUGCUGCUCACAUCCAGCCACCACUCCACGGAGGAGCCUGACAAGGAUCGUUACGACGGCUCGGCCCCCGCCGUCUCCCCCAACGCCAUCUCCUGCGGCGCCGACAGCUACGACGUGGUGGACAGCACGCCGGACCCCCAGCGCACCAAGCAGGCAAUUGCCCAGCUCCAGCAGAAGAUCCUCAAACUCACCGAGCAAAUCAAAAUCGAACAGACGGCACGCGACGACAACGUGGCCGAGUACCUGAAGCUGGCCAACAACGCCGACAAGCUGCAGAGCGUGCGGAUCAAGCAGGUGUUUGAGAAGAAGAACCAAAAGUCCUCCCAGACCAUACAGCACCUGCAGAAGAAGCUGGAAAACUACCACCGCAAGCUCCGCGAGGUGGAGCACAACGGCAUCCCGCGUCAGCCCAAAGAUGUUUUACGAGACAUGCACCAGGGCCUCAAGGACGUUGGCGCCAAGGUGACAGGCGGCCUCUCCAGCAUUUCCCAAGCCACUCAUUCAGCGGCCGGAGCCGUGGUGUCCAAGCCCAAAGAAUUCGCUUUCCUCAUCCGCAACAAGUUCGGCAGCGCCGACAACAUCGCGGCCCUCAAAGACUCUCUAGAUGAGACCCAAGGAGACGAGGGGGUCGUCGGCACCGGGGGUAUGAGGACCCUCGCCGCGGCGGGGCACCUGCAGUCUAGUCCAAAGUACGGCAGUGAGGAUGACUGCUCGAGUGCUACUUCCGGUUCGGCGGGGCCAAACAGCACCACCGGAGGUCCAGGCGGGCCCCCCAGCUCCAGAGGGAACACGCUUGAUCCGUCGCAAGCCUCGGGCUUUGACGCGAUACUCCAUGAGCUCCAAGAAUUGCGGGACAACCAAGGUCGACUCGAGGAGUCCUUUGAGAAUUUAAAGUCGCACUAUCAGCGGGAUUACACCAUGAUCAUGGAGGCCCUGCAGGAGGAGCGAUUCAGGUGUGAACGCUUAGAGGAGCAGCUCAACGACCUGACGGAGCUUCACCAGAAUGAAAUACUCAACUUGAAACAGGAAUUAGCCAGCAUGGAGGAGAAGAUCGCCUACCAGUCUAACGAAAGAGCCCGAGACAUUCAGGAGGCGCUGGAGGCAUGUCAGACCCGCAUCUCCAAGAUGGAGCUGCAGCUUCAGCAGCAGCAGCAGCAGGUGGUGCAGCUGGAGGGUCUGGAGAACGCCACGGCGCGAACUCUCCUGGGCAAACUGAUCAAUGUGCUGCUGGCCGUCAUGGCCGUCCUCCUGGUGUUCGUGUCCACGGUGGCCAAUUGCGUGGUGCCCCUGAUGAAGACGCGCAGCCGCACGGUCUCCACGCUGCUCCUCGUCGUCCUCACCGCCUUCCUGUGGCGCCACUGGUACGCUUUCUCAGAGUAUCUGCAUCGAUUCCUGCUGCAUCCCAGGUGACCUGAUGGGAAGCGCCUUUUUCCAAUCCAACACAAGAGUGGAGUGGCCAGUGGCGGCAACGCUGCUUCUUAACCGCCAUCACUUCAUCACCCAAGAGAGACAAGAUGGCCGCUCCUUUGGCGGCUUUGGCGCGAUUGUGGCUUUGAGAGAACUGCACACUUGAUUUUUCUCUCUCCUGAGUGAAUUUGUUUACACGUUUGCGUCAUCCUCGUUCACGUCUGUAUUGCUUUUAAAGGCGAAUCAUUCAAACGCGUAUUUAUUUGUUUUUAACGCUCAUCUGCUGAUUGACUUCACUUUUAAUUUGUAAUUUAUCGCUUUUCCAUCCGCCAUCUUUUACUUUUCCUAACGACUUUUUGUUUUAAAUGUUAGCUUUUGUGACCAACUCUUCCUCACUAAAGACUCCAUCCUUGAAUCUGGAUCAAAUAAUAUUAACGACGUGAACCGUCAUGGAGACACAACGUCUGCUUUGAGAGCUUCAAGCCACCUGGAUAUUUGACUGUCGAGGAAGAUGACCUAUGAACUCAACUAACAUACUUGAAGAGCAGUUUCAGUGCUCAAAGACUCAGUGCUUCCGUACUGUUUCUAUUAGUGACAAUGAAAUAGUCCGAUUUUUUUUUUUUUUAAAGACAAAUAAAUUCCCUGUUUUAAAAGGUGCUAUUGGAGGUCUUUUCUGAUUUGAAGUGUUACAAGCACAGGUACAACAACAGUGUCAAAACUCCAGUACAGUAAACCUCAGAUAUAUCGGAUUCAAUUGUUCCCACUGGUUUUGACCGAUAUAAGCGAAAUCCGUUACAUGCGUAUACCGGAAAAUG